UAAAGAACUAUGAAAACACCACCAAAUAUGGUUUAGCCAUUCUUUACGUGGAGAGUUUGUGAUUCUUAAUUUAUAGAAUAUAAAUACAUUGAAGAAGAAAAGGCAAAAGAAGGAAUCAAAGCCGAAAUAAUGUCCAUGAAUUUGAUUCCUGUUUAAUAUUAGGACUAUACUGACCAAUUUGGUUUUUAAAGAUAAGUGAAGAUUAUUCUCUUAUGCUUUUGCUUUAUUCAAGAUGACAGAAAGAAAAUCUCAGAUAUAUAGCUAAUUAAAAGUGUAUACGCUGUUAUUUACAUGCGUGGGAAGAAGAAGAAGAAGAAGAAGAAGCAGCAGCCAAAUGGGAAGUCAAAAGAUUUGUUUAUUGCUGAUUGUGUUUUUCAUGUAUCUUUACAUGUUUGCUGCAGCUUCCACUCCUCUACGUAAUAAGGCUUUUCCUUCAGAAAGCAACAAAUUUGCCCACGGGAGCAGUUCUGGAGGAGCACAUGCCAGGGGUGGACCAUCUGAUUUUGGAGAACAUGGAAGCAAUGGUGGUUCUGGAGCACCUUAUGCACAAGGAGGCAGCACCGUCAUUCCCAUAUAUGCAGGGGGAGCAGCAAGUAACCGCCACCCAAACAUGCACCACAAUGCUGGCAGCCGCAACCAGAAUUCCACAGGAUUUCUCACCCUGAUCUUGACAGCCCUUGCCUGGUUAGUGCAUUUAUAUGGUGCAUAGGAAAACUAGACUAAACUAUUUAUUUGUGUGAAAAACCUUGAGAAUAAUAUUCUAUAUAUUCAAAAGAGUGAAUUUACAUCAA